CGACAACGCGCACACAGAUGAGCCUCGACCGCAUCUGAUGGGGAUAUGUGACAUCAUGUAUCCACCACCCUUACGCUCCCUUGCCGCUGACCCCGUCGCCCACGGGCAGGCCUCGCAGAGCGCAUUGCCGACGAGGUCUUUCUAUGACGGUGCGGCCAUGGACCGGAGGGCGGGCGAUAUCGGACAUGCAUCAGCGUGCGGACCGACAGAUGUGCCCGCGGGGGCGCGAUUGAUCGGCAACGUCGAUGACACUUGUCACGAUUCCAUGAGAGCUUACGAGGAGCAGCAUGGGAGGCCUAUGCGGGCCAAGAUGACCGAUGUCCACGACACCAGGACGGCUACUGCGAGGCUAUCACGGGCGAGGAAGAAGGGAACAGGUGCGUCGAUUCCGUAUUACCGGCGCCGACCGCAUCCUUUUUUCCGCAACAGUGAUGAGACCAGACAGAUGUCAGCUGCUCCAGAUGGACGGGGCGGGGUGGACGGAGGUGACAGAGUGAACGAAUCAGGGCGAGGUGAGAAGAGACGAAGCGGCACGAUCAUCAUCCACGACGACAGCUCCACAACCGCUGAGGGUGGUGAGACCACAGGCGCCGACGAUCCUGAUGACUCCGAUUACGUCCCGAGGAUCCGGAUGGCGGACGGAGAUGACGACGCAGGUCGUCGCGUAAUGGUGGAGGAAGACGGUGGGAGGUGUUUUGGGUUGUCCUUUGGACAUCCGAGCAAGGUCGAUGACUAUGGUGGAUGGGGAGAGGGAGAUGGUGAGGAAGGUGGUGGAGGGAGAAGGUGCAAGGCGAUUGGCUAUGCCGGAUGGGUGUGGGUGAUGGUGGAGGAAGACGGUGCAAGGCGGUUGGCUAUGGCGGAUGGGUGUAGGUGAUGGUGGAGGAAAAAGGUGCGAGGCGGUUGGCUAUGGCGGACGGGUGUAGGUGAUGGUGGAGGAGAAGGUGCAUGAAGGUUGGCUAUGGCGGA